GCCGUCGAGUAUGGUAAUUUGAAAUCGAAGAAGGGAUGCGACGGUGAUUAUCUCGUAAUUACAAACACGAAGGUCGUAACGUGAAUUCUCUUAUUCCGUUAUUGGCCGUCCGGUAAGCUCGCGGAUCAGCGGAGUCGCAUUACAUAAGUUGGAGUGACGGACGGUGGGAGAGGAGAGACACGAGCAAUCCGAGAAUGUUGUGUACUUGGUUUGCGGCUAGCUCCCGUAAGACACCUCAAUCGGGAAGGUGCACUCGUAUCGUUACCUUUCGUUAGUUUCAAUCGGUUUAAAUUAUAGUUAUUUUAUAAAAACAUGUAAAAGUGAAGAGUAAGGUCGAUUUUCCGAUCGAAGACUUUAUGUAAUUUUCGAACACUGAAGUAGAAGAUGACGGCUACGGAAGAAACCGAACCCUUAAUUUCCAAAGUGUCUAUCGGGAAUAAUGAACGAACGGUCUCGUACGAUGCGAUCUCAUCGGAAGGAACGAGUUCGAAAACGUGGUUUAAUCUGAAGCCCAUGUUAGGUGAAACAGUAACUCCGUUAGUGACAGCACACGCAUCGAACCGCAGUAUUGGAAAUACGGAAAACGAAUCGAUUACGUAUACCUGGAGUGAUUUGAACGUGUACGUUGUUAGAAAGAACGAAAGAACGUGGAAUGGCUUAUUCAAGGGAAAGAGACCGGUCGAACAAAGACAUCUGUUGAAAGAUGUAUGUGGAGUAGCCUACCCAGGAGAAUUACUAGUGAUCAUGGGAUCCUCAGGAGCCGGUAAAACAACGUUACUAAACGCCCUAACGUUUCGCUCAGGUCGUGGAGUAACUGUCUCCGGAGUGAUGGCUGCAAACGGCAAAAGAGUCUCCUCCACGAUACUAACCUCAAGGACCGCAUACGUCCAACAGGACGACCUAUUUGUUGGUACUCUAACCGUCAAGGAACAUCUACUAUUCCAGGCUAUGGUUCGAAUGGACCGACAUAUUCCUAUGGAACAGCGAAUUGAUCGAGUGAAUCGAGUGAUCAACGAGCUGGCGUUGACCAAGUGUAGAAAUACAGUGAUCGGUCAACCAGGACGCAUUAAAGGACUCUCAGGAGGAGAAAUGAAGAGGCUGUCCUUCGCUUCAGAGGUUUUAACCGAUCCGCCAUUGAUGUUCUGUGACGAACCCACUUCCGGUCUUGAUUCCUUCAUGGCGCAUCAGGUGGUCUCCGUAUUGAAGGCACUAGCGGCACGUGGCAAGACCAUCGUCGCGACGUUGCAUCAACCCUCGUCCGAGUUGUUCGCCCUGUUCGAUAAAAUCCUGCUGAUGGCGGAGGGAAGAGUUGCGUUCAUGGGCACGUCGUCGCAAGCUUGCACUUUUUUCGAAUCACUCGGCGCCGCGUGCCCCAGCAACUACAACCCGGCCGACUACUUCGUCCAAAUGUUAGCAGUAGUCCCAGGCGAAGAAGCGUCCUGCCGCCACGCGAUAAACACAGUAUGCGACGCGUUCCGAAGAAGCGAUCAGGGUAUGAAGAUCGCCCUCGAAGCAGAGUCAGUAGACGGCCAGUUUGAAGAUUCACUAAAAAACUCCAAGUCCGAGAGUCGAUCACCAUACAAAGCCAGCUGGUGCGAACAGUUCCGGGCAGUCCUCUGGAGAUCUUGGUUAUCCGUGAUCAAGGAACCGAUCUUGGUUAAAGUCCGCUUGCUGCAGACAGUCAUGGUCUCCCUGCUCAUCGGAGUCGUUUAUUUUAACCAGCAGCUCGAUCAGGACGGAGUUAUGAACAUCAACGGUGCUCUGUUCAUUUUUUUGACGAACAUGACCUUUCAGAACGUUUUCGCUGUUAUCAAUGUCUUCUGUGCAGAACUGCCGAUAUUCUUACGCGAACAUCGGAACGGUAUGUAUCGCACCGACAUCUACUUCUUGUGUAAAACGCUGGCGGAAGCACCGAUCUUCGUAGCUGUACCGUUGCUGUUCACCGUCGUCGCUUAUCCGAUGAUUGGAUUGUACCCUGGUAUCGAUCACUUUUUCGUCGCCGCUGGUAUUGUUGCUCUUGUAGCAAACGUUUCCACCUCUUUUGGCUACCUGAUAUCCUGCGUCAGCAACAACUUGUCGAUGGCGUUAUCCGUUGGACCUCCUGUGAUAAUACCGUUUCUAUUGUUCGGCGGCUUCUUUUUGAACACAGCAUCUGUUCCGUUCUAUUUCGAAUGGUUUUCCUAUUUGUCUUGGUUUCGCUACGGCAACGAAGCUCUUCUCAUCAACCAGUGGUCAGAAGUGGAGUUCAUUGCGUGUACAAGAAGCAACGCCACUUGCCCCAAGACUGGACGGAUGGUCUUGCAAAUGUUUAAUUUUAAGGAGGAACAUUUUUAUGCAGACAUAAUUUGUCUUUUCUCCUUAAUCGUCGCCUUUCGUUUCCUGGCGUUUCUCGCUCUGCUCUGGAGAACUCAGCGUAACUCGAAACAGCGAUGAAAGAGCCUUGACGGCGUCUCGACGGAAUCGAAGAUCGCGCACAACCAGCCCUUUCCGAUUGCCGAUCACCGAUCAACGAAUAUCGUAUCUUUUUCGUAUAUUUACAGUUCAAGCUUUAUCCACGUAUCGAAUAUACUCAACCUUUCUAUGUGUACGAUAAUUCGAUUAAACGGUGAUUUAUGCAAUCGAUUCUAGACUUCUGUUAGUACCUGUGAGAAUCUCCUGCAUAUAAAUCCCGAUUACUCGUUUUCAGUUAGUGUAAUUAUUAUUCAAGUGCUGAAGAAAAAAUUAUAUAUUAGAUGUAUGUUUAUAUUCAUGUGGUGAAUAGUCUGGUGAAUAGUCUAAUAUAUUA